UUGAACGGGCCCCAGGACACUUUGUACUUAAAAAGUUGGGCUCCGAGGUCGAAAAGGCUAAGAACCCCCUGGUCUAUAUUAUCAACUAGCCAAUAGUAAAACACAAGGAAGCAAUUAAACCAUAUUUUGACUACGACCAAUGCUUGCUUAGCCGGUUUGAUUUACACCAGAACUGUAACCUAGUUACACCCACAUUAAGAUCAGAUACCCGACGGAGUGAGCACAACACAGGUGAGCGCCAUCAUUUUCUGAUCACUAGUUUUGUUAAUUUAUCGUGGGACUGUGUAAAAUGAUCGGUGAAGCAAUCAACAUAUAUGAUCUUUGUAAAUUGCUCAAUUGAAAUGUAGUUUAAAAUCCAUGUUUGUACAGAGCGGGCAGUAUGGAUUCCUUUCACUACUUGAAGUCUGCAUAGCACAGACAACAGCAACAAGCAAACCUGUUUCAAUGUUUAUCUGGCAUCCUGGGAGUGGUUUUAAGAUGCACUAAAGAAUGUACUAGAUGAUGCAUAAAAACUUUUAAAAUAUCUGAACAGGAUGAUGGCACUGUCAGGAGGGGUCAUGAUCUGCGGUGUAGCUCUGCUCCUGACCUCAGGGUUGGCUGUACAAGUGCUCGAUUCAAUGAAUGAUUUAAAGGAAAUCGACUUUGGUCAAUCGGUGCCCAAACACAGUCUUCUGCUGCUCUACUGGUUUGCCAACGGAGUGGAAAUCGACGAGAAUGACGACAUAAGCCUGACCUUUGACCCGGACAGUAGAGCUUACGGCUCCCAUUAUUAUGGUAACUACGAGGGUCUUCUUGACCCGCUGCCUCGGGAUCAUUCAUACCGGUAUUACACUAUAGGCAACCUCAAUCAAGACAGUUCCAUGCCCCUUCCUCCUUACGUUGUCCGUCCACUGACAGGGUACCCGGCAGGAAACAGGGACAGAAUCAUAAUUCGCGUCAGGGAGCCGGACACAGCUCAGCCGAGGAUAGACCAAGUGUACAUCACCCAGCAUAUUGAAAAUCAGGGGGAAUAUGAUCCAGAUCACACCUACAGCGUCACUAUGAACCUCUUGAGAGAGAUCAGACGGUUUUCUGUUGGAGAAAACCAACAGCAGCUUCUGCAGCUGAGGAACCGCUUUGGAAGCAACGCUGAUGUUUCCUCCAUCAGAAACACAUGGCGUGAACUUGCUGGACUUGGACUGCUGCUGUUUAUCGUGAUCAAGGAGAGGUGCUAUUUUUACCAGCAAAACUGCUCAGAAAUCCAAGACACACCGCAAAAUAACUACGGACCACAAAACAACAGCAGAUCAGAAAACAACUCUGAACCCCCAGAGAACUACGGACCACCACACAACCCUGAACCCCCAGAGAACUACGGACCACCACACAACCCUGAACCCCCAGAGAACUACGGACCACCACACAACCCUGAACCACAGAACAACUAUGAACGACAAAACUACAAACAAAAUAACAGCAGAUCAGAAAACAAAUAUGAUCCCCUAAAAUACAGACCACAAAAUAACUUUGAACCAAAAAACACCCACGAACCCGGAGGCGUAGAAGCUAUUGGGGAUGAUGACGCUUUAAUAAUCUGCAUUCCUAUUGUUUUGUGUAUAAUAUGUUUAUUUAUUUAUUUUCUUAAAUCAUUGAAUAUUUAUAUAACAAAAUGAGGGACCAUCUGUCCAAAACAAGGUGUGACGGAAUUGUUUUUUCAACACGAUUAGGACCACAGGGCUGCGAGACUCAUCAUUCAAUCUAUAAAUUGCUAUUCAAAUGCAAAAAAUACUUUAAUCUAACAGAAAUGACUAAGCAGAUUCUUCCUGUAACUAGAUAAAUAAAAAGUGAAAAACUCCAUGAUGUGUUAGCGACAGCUGUGGUUGAUAAUGUUUUAGCUUUAAAAUAAAAAUCCUUUGGUGUUUAAUAAAAGAAAAGAAAAAAAUCCAAAGUUUUAUAAAACCUAAAAAAUAUCAAAUAUGAAAUGUCUUUACCACAAAGCAGCAGACUGACACAGUGGAGCUCUCGUUAUUCUAUGCUCACGUUUUCUUUUUAGUAUUCAACAUUGCACUUUGCGAUUGUGAGUUGUGACGUAGAAAAAAAGCUCAGAACAUUUAUUUUAAACAUUCCAGGUAAGUAUGAGAUGAAAUUAUAUAUUUAAUAUUUAGAACACUGUAAUGGUAAAAUAUGUUUUAACAUAGUGUUAUGCUAAAAGAGUGAUAAUUGUCUGUAUUGAAGUAAUGUGCGAAAAGCAGGGUGAUUCAAAAGUUUCCUUUUGCAGCUGGAUCUGAAGAAAGGAGGAAUGCUCGACCAAAGGAACUGUGUAACCCCAUCUUAACCUUGGCUUUUAUCUCAACUUGGUUUGCAAUGCUUUAUACCUGCCACUGAUCAGAGGAUGGCCUUCAUGUGUGUAUCAAAGCUCAGUGUUUUGACUGCUCGGAGACGCCAUCUCCACAGAGCACCGCAAUACUGCCUUGUGUAUUUGACCUCCUGCU